AUGCCGCUCACCAUACAGUCUCUCAGUGGCAUCACUUUCGCUGCUUCGUACUCAACAUACUACAUGCAACUCGCCGGAUUUACAACAGCCAUGUCAUUCAAAUUGCAGAUCGUCCAACAAGUUAUCUCACUUAUCGGAAACGUCAUGUCUUGGUACCUAGUUGAUCGAAUAGGUCGUCGCAACCUUACUUUCUGGGGUCUCUUUGUUCUCACAAUCAUCUUGUUCGUCAUGGCCGGCCUUGCCGUUGUCGGUACCGUCCCUGCAUUGAAGGGUGCUAUCAGUAUGAUCCUUAUCUACUGCUUCUGGUAUAACGUUACGAUUGGAGCCACUGCCUACACCAUUCUCUGCGAGACAUCAACUUCCCGUCUCCGCGUCAAAACCAUCGCCAUCGGGCUCGCCCUACAGAAUGCUCUCAACACUAUGUGGAGUUUCGUGCUACCCUAUUUGUUCAAUCCUGAUCAACUCAAUCUUGGUGGGAAGCUAGGCUUUAUCUUCGGUGCUUUGUCCAUUGUCUGUCUAGUGUAUCUUUGGUUCUACCAGCCCGAGACAGCUGGCCGGACAUACGAGGAGUUGGAUGAGAUGUUUGCUAAUAAAGUAAAAGCAAGAAGCUUUGCAACUCACAAAACGGAUGCACAGGCCAUGGGUGAGGCGGUCAAGGAGAAGGAGAAUAUGUAG